AUGUCAGGCCUUGGUCCUUCAGUUGCUUUAUCAGAAGAAGCGGGGAAUGGAACUUUUUUGGAGCUGUUCCCUACAUCUCUUUCAACGUCAGUGGAUUCCAUCUCAUCAGCAACACCCAACCGCUUAUCAAACGUUUAUGUCUAUGUGUCCAUCUUUCUGAGCCUCUUGGCUUUUCUUCUCUUGCUGCUGAUCAUUGCUCUUCAGAGACUUAAAAAUAUUAUCUCCUCCACAUCAUCUUACCCAGAAUACACCAGUGAUGCGGGGAGCUCCUUUACUAAUCUCGAAGUUUGUAGCAUAUCUUCCCAGAGGUCUUCCUUUUCUAACCUUUCUUCCUAG